GGCGCGGUGACGUGCGCCUGCGCUCACUGGAGGACAAGGCGGAAGCGGAAGUCGGGGGGCGCGCCAGCUCGGAGCAGGGAGCGCCCGCGGCGUCGGGUCUGGGCUGGAGGUCGCCAUGGGGCGAGGCAGCGGCACCUUCGAGCGUCUCCUAGACAAGGCAACCAGCCAGCUCCUGCUGGAGACAGACUGGGAGUCCAUUCUGCAGAUCUGUGACCUGAUCCGGCAAGGGGACACACAAGCAAAAUAUGCCGUGAAUUCCAUCAAGAAGAAAGUCAAUGACAAGAACCCACACGUGGCCUUGUACGCCCUGGAGGUUAUGGAGUCUGUGGUGAAGAACUGUGGCCAGACCGUUCAUGAUGAGGUGGCCAACAAGCAGACCAUGGAGGAGCUGAAGGAUCUGCUGAAGAGACAAGUGGAGGUGAGCGUCCGUAACAAGAUCCUGUACCUGAUCCAGGCGUGGGCCCACGCCUUCCGCAACGAGCCCAAGUACAAGGUGGUGCAGGACACCUACCAGAUCAUGAAGGUGGAGGGACACGUCUUUCCAGAAUUCAAAGAGAGCGAUGCCAUGUUUGCUGCCGAGAGAGCCCCGGACUGGGUGGACGCUGAGGAAUGUCACCGGUGCAGGGUGCAGUUUGGGGUGAUGACCAGAAAGCACCAUUGCCGAGCGUGUGGGCAGAUCUUCUGCGGGAAGUGUUCCUCCAAGUACUCCACCAUCCCCAAGUUCGGCAUCGAGAAGGAGGUGCGCGUGUGUGAGCCCUGCUACGAGCAGCUGAACAAGAAAGCGGAAGGAAAGGCCACCUCCACCACCGAGCUGCCCCCCGAGUACCUGACCAGCCCCCUGUCUCAGCAGUCCCAGCUGCCGCCCAAGAGGGAUGAGACAGCCCUGCAGGAGGAGGAGGAGCUGCAGCUGGCUCUGGCGCUGUCCCAGUCGGAGGCGGAGGAGAAGGAGAGGCUGAGACAGAAGUCCACAUACACCUCCUACCCCAAGGCGGAGCCCGCGCCCUCAGCCUCCUCCGCGCCCCCCACGAGCAGCCUGUACUCUUCACCUGUGAACUCGUCGGCUCCCCUGGCUGAGGACAUUGACCCUGAGCUUGCACGGUACCUCAACCGGAACUACUGGGAGAAGAAGCAGGAGGAGGCUCGCAGGAGCCCCACGCCGUCUGCACCUGUGCCCCUUGCAGAGCCGGCCACCCAGCCCGGGGAGGGACACGCAGCCCCCGCCAGUGUCGUGGAGAACCCCCUCCCGGAGACAGACCCGCAGCCCAUUCCUCCCUCUGGUGGCCCCUUUAGUGAGCCACAGUUCCACAACGGUGAGUCCGAGGAGAGCCACGAGCAGUUCCUGAAGGCGCUGCAGAACGCUGUCACCACCUUCGUGAACCGCAUGAAGAGCAACCACAUGCGCGGGCGCAGCAUCACCAACGACUCGGCCGUGCUCUCGCUCUUCCAGUCCAUCAACGGCAUGCACCCGCAGCUGCUGGAGCUGCUCAACCAGCUGGACGAGCGCAGGCUGUACUACGAGGGGCUGCAGGACAAGCUGGCCCAGAUCCGCGAUGCCCGGGGGGCGCUGAGUGCCCUGCGUGAAGAGCACCGGGAGAAGCUUCGCCGGGCGGCCGAGGAGGCAGAGCGCCAGCGCCAGAUCCAGCUGGCCCAGAAGCUGGAGAUCAUGCGUCAGAAGAAGCAGGAGUACCUGGAGGUGCAGAGGCAGCUGGCCAUCCAGCGCCUGCAGGAGCAGGAGAAGGAGCGGCAGCUGCGGCUGGAGCAGCAGAAGCAGACGGUCCAGAUGCGUGCGCAGAUGCCCGCUUUCCCCCUGCCCUACGCCCAGCUCCAGGCCAUGCCUGCAGCCGGAGGCGUGCUCUAUCAGCCCUCGGGACCCGCCAGCUUCCCCAGCACCUUCAGCCCUGCAGGCUCUGUGGAGGGUUCCCCCAUGCACGGCGUGUACAUGAGCCAGCCGGCCCCUGCUGCCAGCCCCUACCCCAGCAUGCCCGGCACCGCAGCAGAUCCCAGCAUGGUGAGCGCCUACAUGUACCCAGCAGGGGCCACUGGGGCACAGGCGGCCCCCCAGGCCCAGGCCGGGCCCACUGCCAGCCCUGCCUACUCAUCCUAUCAGCCGACUCCUACAGCGGGCUACCAGGUAUGCAGGCAAGGCCACUCCCCACCUCCAGGGCCAGCCCAGCCCCUUCUCCCAUGGCACCCAUUCCCCCUGCAGAAUGUGGCCUCCCAGGCCCCGCAGAGCCUCCCGGCCAUCUCUCAGCCUCCGCAGUCCAGCACUAUGGGCUACAUGGGGAGCCAGUCGGUCUCCAUGGGCUACCAGCCUUACAACAUGCAGAAUCUCAUGACCACCCUCCCGAGCCAGGACACAUCCCUGCCACCCCAGCAGCCCUACCUCGCGGGGCAGCAGCCCAUAUACCCGCAGAUGGCAGCCUCCGGCGGUCCCCCCCAGCAGCAGCCCCCCGUGGCACCGCAGCCGCCGGCACAGGGGCCUCCGGCACAGGGCAGCGAGGCCCAGCUCAUCUCAUUCGACUGACCCAGGCCAUGCUCCCGUCCAGAGUAACACUACAGUCCACCCAAAACGCCUCGUCUCUAACUGCCGCCAUCCCGCACCCCCAUCCUCUCCUGCCGCUAGUGCCCCUUCUCUGAGUGAGGGGCCUUCACCCCGAGCCCGCCUCCCUCCCUGUCCUCAGCCCACCGCAGUCGCCGAGUUGGUUUCUGCCUCCUUUCCCCAGGGCUGGGCCAUGGGGAGGGAAGGAGGGAGGGCAGCCCCCAUCCUGUGGGUCAUGGUCUGGAGAGGCGGCAGGAAUGGGGACCCUCAGCCCCCCAUGCAGCCUGUGCCCUCUGGCCCCACUGUGAGCUGGGCUGUGGUGUCUGGGUGUGGCCUGGGGUGCCCUCUGCAGGGGCCUCUCGGCUGCCACAGCCAAGGGUGGACGCUUCAGGUCUCCAGCUUCUCUGCUUCUCAGCUGUCAUCUCCAGUGCCCCAGAAUGGAACAGUGAUAAUAAAAUGUAUUUCAGAAAGCA